AAAUAACAUAAUCGUUUUUUAGCAUUGUCCUUGAAAAUCCGACUUUAAUUUUUCAUGAAUUGGUUCAAUGGGGAGUUUACAACCAACUACCGUUUGUUCUUCAAGAGGUUCCAAAGAGCAAGACAAAUGAGCAUAGUAAAUGACGUUACAACUUACAACAGCACACAACCAGCUGCAAAGAAUUCUUCAACCAUGCUUCUUCUCUCACAAUAUAUAAAGAGAGACACAACACACAUAAUAACAUAUAUGCCUGAUACAGCUUCUUCUAUGCCAAUAUCUAAAAUGAACCACAUUUCUUAUUAUUUGUUGUUAGUUUUUUCACUUUAUUUUCUGGGUUUCUGUGUUGCAAGAAAGGAUAACCAGAUCACCAACCUCAACAAAUUGAUCGAGUCAAGAAGAUCAGAGAAUCCGCCACAUGUCAAACCAUGGACAGAAGAAGAUACAUCAAACUUAUCUCCACUUUCUAUUGUCCCUCAACAAGGGUCAAAGGAAGAAGAUAUGAUUGACAAGUUGCCAGGCCAACCACAAGUCGAUUUUGAUCAUUAUUCAGGCUAUGUAACAGUCGAUUCAAAAGCAGGAAGGGCGUUGUUUUAUUACUUUGCUGAAUCACCUCACAAUUCUUCAACCAAACCUCUUGUCCUAUGGCUCAAUGGAGGGCCAGGAUGCUCGUCAUUUGGAUACGGAGCCAUGGAAGAACUUGGACCCUUCCGAGUCAACAGUGAUGGGAAAACACUCUACCGCAAUGACUAUGCAUGGAACAAUGCGGCUAAUGUACUAUUUUUGGAAUCGCCUGCUGGAGUUGGGUUCUCGUAUUCGAAUAGAUCAUCUGACUACACGACAGGAGACAAGCAAACAGCGAAAGACUCAUACACUUUCCUCAUCAACUGGCUUGAAAGAUUCCCUGAAUACAAAACCCGAGAUUUCUUUAUUACAGGUGAAAGCUAUGCAGGUCACUAUGUACCUCAACUCGCAUCCCUCAUUCUCUCAGAAAACAAGAAAACUAACGGAACAGUCGUUAAUCUUCGUGGGAUUGCAAUUGGGAAUGCUUGGAUUGAUGACAAUACAUCUUAUGAAGGGAUGUAUGACUACUAUUGGACACAUGCCCUAAACUCUGAUGAGACAAAUGAAGGUAUCAACAAGUACUGUGACUAUGUUACUGGGAACUUCUCAGAAGAGUGCUACAAGUAUCAAAGCCAGGGAAACGGUGAAUACGGUGGAAUUGAUAUUUACAACAUUUAUGCACCAUUUUGUGAUGAUACUACACAAAAAUCUGGAACCACCGGAUCUGUCAAGACCUUUGAUCCUUGCUCUGAUGAUUAUGUUGACUCAUAUCUAAAUCGAGCAGACGUGCAAGAAGCUCUUCAUGCCCGAAAUACAUCAUGGUCACAUUGCGGCGGUGUUGGAUGGACAGACAGCCCAACAACCAUUUUGCCUACUAUCACUCAACUUAUUGAAAAUGGAAUUAGUGUUUGGAUAUACACGUUAAGUUCACCUACUCUACCAUCCAACUUAGCAUGGUCUAUACACAACAGAAACUUACAUUUGAUUUAUAAUGAAUUGGCAGUGGUGACACGGAUGGACGGGUCCCAGUAA